CCAGCCGAUGGAAUCGUGUUGUACCUUCUGUAAAGAUGCGAAACUAAGCGGGAUGGACAUAAAUAAUUGUUUGUUGCCUUAACAGACUCCUGUGUGUAUGUGUUGUUGGAUAACAAUGGGGAUCGAUACAAAAAUUCGAACAACGGACUGCUCCUGGUUUGUUUUUCAUUUGGCUCUACUGCUGCUUUUCGGAAAGCAGGCUUUGGCUCAGAUAAGGUACUCUAUUCCAGAGGAGGUGAAAGGAGGAACUGCUGUUGGAAAUGUUGCGAAGGAUCUUGGCCUUGACAUCACCUCUUUGAUUGAUCGACGGUUCCGUGUUGUUUCUGAAAGUAAGGACGCUAAUUUUGAAGUAAACCAGAAUAAUGGGGCAUUGUACGUCCACAAGCAUAUUGACAGAGAGGCGCUCUGUCACGGUAGUGGUGCAUGCCUAAUAGAGCUAAAAAUCCUUGUUGAAAACCCUUUGGAAAUGCACUAUGUAAGUGUAGAAAUUACUGAUGUAAAUGAUCACUCUCCUAGUUUUCCUGAAAGAGAACAGACAUUUGAAAUAGCUGAGCAAACAUUGCCAGGAAGGCGAUUCCAACUACACACUGCUCGUGACCCCGAUGCUGGAAUUAACUCUAUUCGUACAUACACUUUGACGUCAAAUGAACAUUUUGAAGUAAACAUCCGUCAAAGCGAUGCGGGUAAGAUACCAUUUUUAGUGCUGAAGAAAUCGUUAGACAGAGAACAAAAGGAUAAACACACGCUACUGGUUACAGCAGUUGAUGGAGGUAAACCUCAAAGAUCAGGCACACUAAAUGUUUCUAUUAUUGUUCUGGACAGUAAUGAUAAUCGUCCGAUUUUUAGUCAGGAGAUUUACCAGAUUGCAAUAAAAGAAAAUGUUCCAGUCGGUUCUUCAGUAUUUAGAAUGAAUGCGACGGAUCCCGAUGAAGGCACCAAUAGCGAAAUUGAAUACAGUCUUGGAAAAACUCUGAAGAAAAAAGUCUAUGAUAUUUUUGAAUUGGACAAAUUAACCGGAGAGAUUAGAGUAAAAGGAGUAGUGGACUAUGAAGAAAACGAGGUAUAUGAACUCGAUGUUGAGGCCUCAGAUAAAGGAACGCCUCCACUGACAGGUGAGUGUAGGGUCAUUAUAAAAAUCAUAGACGUCAACGACAAUCCACCGGAAAUAGAAGUCACAUCGCUGUCAAAUACAGUGUCUGAAGACUCAAAGCCUGACACAGUUAUUUCACUCAUUAGUGUGAAGGAUAAAGACUCCGGUGUCAACGGAAAAAUUAUUUCACACAUAUCGAAUGAUGUACCUUUUGUAUUAAAUCCGUCCUACAAAGAGAACACGUACUCCGUUGUCACGAAGGGAUUUUUGGAUCGAGAGGAGGUGUCCCAUUAUGAAAUAACAAUACAAGCCACUGAUUGUGGUCAACCUCCCUUAUCUACUUUAAAAAUUUUGAACAUUCAGAUAUCGGAUGUGAAUGACAACAGUCCACAUUUCGACCAAACCCCUUUAGAGUUUUAUCUUGUAGAAAAUAAUGUUCCGGGGAAGUCAAUAUUCUCUGUAAGUGCAACGGACAAUGACUUGAAUGACAAUGCUGCUAUUUCAUAUCACAUUGUGAGAGACGGCAGUCAAAAUGGCAUAAUGUCUUUCCUAAAUGUAAACUCUGAUAAUGGACACAUUACCGCGCUAAAAAGUUUUGACUUUGAAACUCUGAAAACGUUCCAGUUCCAAGUUGUUGCCACAGAUUCUGGAACUCCGUCACUAAGCAGCAACGUCACAGUGAACGUGUUCAUUCUGGAUCAGAACGACAACGCUCCAGUCAUCCUGUAUCCAGUCAGCUCUAACGGCUCUGCUGAAGGUGUGGAGGAGAUUCCCCGCAAUGUGAACGCAGGACACUUGGUGACUAAAGUCAGAGCCUAUGACGCUGAUAUAGGAUAUAACGGCUGGUUGCUGUUUUCACUGCAGGAAGUUACUGACCACAGUCUCUUUGGUUUGGACCGCUAUACAGGACAGAUCAGAACACUUCGCUCCUUCACAGAGACAGACGAGGCUGAGCAUAAACUGGUCAUACUGGUGAAAGACAAUGGGAACGUUUCACUCUCAGCAACAGCUACUGUGAUUGUCAAACUGGUGGAGCCCAAAGAGGCUUUUGCAGCUUCUGAUGUUAAAAGUGCAGCGAAAGAUGAGGAGGGGAAUGAUGUGACUUUUUACCUGAUGAUAACUUUGGGCUCAGUUUCUGUGCUUUUCCUCAUCAGCAUCAUCGUGCUGAUUGCAAUGCAGUGCUCCAAAACCACAGACUAUACUUCUAAAUAUCUACAAGAGACGAAUUAUGACGGGACACUGUGUCACAGCAUCCAGUACAGAUCUGGAGACAAACGGUACAUGUUGGUUGGACCCAGAAUGAGUAUAGGAUCUACUAUAGUCCCUGGCAGCCAUGCGAAUACUCUAGUGCUCCCUGACAGGAGGUCUGCGACUUCAGAGAAUCGCAUGGUGGCACUAAACAACCAGAAAUACGCAUCACAUCGGUUGUCCAUACAUAGGUCUGUGAGACUGCCUCUGAAGCAUUCCGGAGGGCAGACCGUUAUCCUGCGAAUGUGAUUUUAUUUGAA